UAAAUGUGGGGACCUUCACCAAAAGGAGGGGAAAAUAUCCAAUUUUCAUCGCAAAAUUAGCUAGGGCGAGAGCAAAGGGCUGAGCUAAUUGUAGCCUAAUCCUCUGCCCUGCAGGCGUUUGCAAAGCCCUGAGCAAGAAUUCGCUUUUUUUCCUCCUCUUCUCCCUUCCCUCUGUUAUUUAGAGACGGGAUUAUUGCCUUUCUUCUCAUAACAGCCUCGGCAGUUUCAUUUAAAGGCUUUUUCCCCCCCUCACACACACACACACACAUCCGCGCACAGACAAAAUAAAUAGAAAGAAGCAGCAAAAAAAAAAAAACAAAAAAAAAACGGAGAGGGGGAGAGCGAGCGAGGAGAGAGCAGCUUUAAAAAUCACAAUAAUCACAGCAGGAUCCGAGCGGCAAAGACAGUAAUAAAAGCAAAAAAAAAAAAAAAAAAGAAAAAAAAAGAAAAAGCCAACCUAAACCCAGCCACACACAAACCCAAGCGAGCCCAAAAAGCCGAGGGGGGGCUCCCAGAUCUCCGCUCAAGGCUCGCUCCUCGCCGUAAACAAUUGUCUCCGAGGGGCUCUGGAGGCAGACCCGAGCGGUCGCCGUGCGUGUUUAUGGAGACAAAGGAGGGAAGAAGCAUGUCCCGUCUGUCUCUAACACGGUCCCCAGUUUCUCCUCUGGCUGCUCAAGGAAUUCCUCUCCCCGCUCAACUCACCAAGUCGAACGCUCCUGUGCACAUCGAUGUAGGAGGACACAUGUACACCAGCAGCCUGGCUACCCUGACGAAGUACCCGGACUCCAGAAUAAGUCGUCUGUUUAAUGGCACUGAGCCUAUUGUCUUGGACAGUUUAAAGCAACAUUAUUUCAUUGAUCGAGAUGGUGAAAUUUUCAGAUAUAUAUUAAGCUUCCUAAGGACAUCUAAGCUACUGCUCCCAGAUGACUUUAAGGACUUUAAUCUUUUAUAUGAAGAAGCAAAGUACUACCAGCUGCAGCCAAUGAUUAAGGAACUUGAGCGAUGGAAACAAGAGAAGGAACAAAGGAAACAUUUCCAGCCUUGUGACUGCUUGGUUGUAAGAGUGACUCCAGAUCUGGGGGAAAGAAUUGCAUUGAGUGGGGAGAAAGCUUUAAUAGAAGAGAUCUUCCCUGAGACCGGGGACGUCAUGUGCAACUCCGUAAACGCAGGCUGGAACCAAGACCCUACCCACGUUAUUAGGUUUCCUUUGAACGGAUACUGCCGGUUGAAUUCAGUGCAGGUGCUCGAAAGAUUAUUUCAGAAGGGAUUUAACGUGGCAGCUUCAUGUGGUGGUGGAGUGGAUUCCUCUCAGUUCAGCGAAUACGUCCUGUGUCGCGAAGACAGACGACCACAACCUACUCCAACGAUCAGAAUAAAACAGGAGCCCCUGGACUAGACCCUACCCAUACUCCUUUGUAACCAUAGAAGUGUUUAAUAGUCCCUUAUGUGAAACACAAAGGAUUUGCAAAACAGUAUUAGCAAACAUAUUUUGACUUUAUGUUGCCAGUUAGUGGUAUUCUGAAACUACCUGUCACAUAGCCAGCCAUGAAAUGCAUUUGAAAAACCAGUUGUCCGUUUUUCACAAUGAAAUACUGAGCAUGCUCAGCAUACCAGGUUUGGUGGGAAUGUACUUUGAGCUGAACAGCUGUGGUGGUGAAAAAGGCAAAGCUUCAUAAACCCCUGACCCUAGAUUGGACUUCUGUGGAAAGACCAAUUAAAGUGAUUUGAAUCUAUCAGCAGGAGAAAUGAUUCCGACAGCCUUUCCAACGAUACCCUGACGUGAUGCGUGGAAGUGGGGGCCUCCAAGAGGAAGAUGGUACAUUAAAAACUGCACUGAGUAUCUUCCCUGACUGCCACACCUCCUUCAUAUCAGAUGUGCUUUACACCUCCACACGUUACAUUACACAACUCUUCUGUGAUUGUACUCCUUCACGCUAGCAAAUGGCUUAUUUUUAUACAACAUUUCCAACUGAAGUAUCUCUGUGGACAGAAUCCGGAACCAGAAAAGGACCAAUUUAUAGUCAACUGGUGCUCAGUAUUAAAAAACACACAAACAGACCAAACAAAAAAAGCAACAAAAAAAUGAUGAGGCCAAUUAUGGCAAUACUUGCAAAAGUAGGGAUCUGGAAGCACAAAAUAAAACUCCAUCUACCAUCAAACAAGGGCCACAUACCUAUUGUGGAGCUGUAGUUCUCUUAAAGCCAGUCGUGUUUUGACUCAGAAACUAUAAGUUUUGCAUCAUCAAAGAAGCGUGGUUCUCCCAAGCAAGCUCUGCCACCUCUUGUUGUUCAUUUACUAACCAUGUUAUAAGCCCACAUUUAGGAGGAAACACUAAGAAUUUUGGACAAGCUAUUCUUUAUGGGUCUGGAAUUUUUGCAAAAAGAUGUUAAAAACCUCUACUUCCACUGUCUGAUGAAAGCAGGUCACGUUUUGUUUAGAGUGUUUUUCCUCUAUUAUUUUAAACUAUUAUUAAAAUACUGAUUCUGUAGCUGCCCUCUAUCUGUUUAAUUGUAUUUUUAAAGAAGCCCAUGGUCUGUAGGAGGUUACUCUUCCAUUCAUGAAUCAGUAUCGACUCUCUGACUUACAGGGCUUCCUAACUCAGGAGACAGCACCAUGUUUGCAGGUGCAAGGUUAUAAAUAGCAUUCUGCUAAAUCCUGUUUAUUGCUGUUUAGCAUGAUUGGGUCCUUAAUAACUAAUUCAUGUGUUAAUCACUAUUUAGUUUCUCCCACAUUAAUUUAUAGAAUACUGUUGUAGAUGCUGAAUUUUAAUUAAACAUUUUAGAUGAGUAAAUACAGCCAUAUAUAACAGUAUUAAAUGGUCAACAAUUCUUUAAUACCUAAUGAUUGCAAUCAGACAAAAUAAAGAUUCAAGUUUAAGACUAAUAUUUUCAAAAGCGAUGAGCUGUACUAAAUAUCCAAGUUACAAUCUAGGCAGAGGUCUAAUUUUUGGAAAAGUGCUGGAUACCUGACCAUAGAAAAUCAGACCUCUGCAGGUUUUUUCAUCUUGCUUAUCCAAACCAGAGAUCUCUUAUGAAAAUCUUAGCCUAUACAUAUUGGCCUGCUAACUUAGCAGAACAGUUGAGCAAAUCUGUCUACUUCAAAAGAGUUGUAAAGCUAUUUUAUUUUGUGGUUUUAUACUUGUAUGACAUUCUAAAGUUCCUAGGCAUUGCCAUAUUUGAAUAUAUGGCACAGCGUUCACCUUUGUAUGUAAGAUAUCUGUAGAAUUGUAUAUUAUACAUUUAAUAUUGUAAAGAACUUAACGUAUAAUUGUCAUGUAUUUGUGUAUGCACAUUUCUUAUACAGUACUUCAUGCCAUAAACAUUUCUGUAAAGUAAAUGAUCAAAAAUAAGCAAGUAGGGUGGAACACUCACUGUAUUUCCCCUGUUGUUUGAAAGGUGAGAAGUUUUGAUUGCGUCUCCUCUGGCCUUUUGCUCCGUUCAGCUUGAUGUAGCCAUGUCUUACAAAAAGAAAAGAAAAAAGGGUGUUUUAUUUAUUACUUUCAUACAUUGAGUUCACUUUAAGUUCAAAACUUAAAUAAUCUGUUCAGCUUCUUGUUUUUAGCCUAUAUACACUUUUGUCCUGCACUCCUGACCAGGGAUACUUAGUACUAGCAGAGGCUGAACUCUUGUCUGUGUAUCCUCUUCCAUUCAUUACCUCUCAGCUAGGGGAUAAAGGUGAACAUGUCACAUUUACGUUUAAAAAUGCUCAGUUCUGCCAUUCUUACUCAGGCAAAGCCUUCCCUGAGGUCAGCACAGGUUGUCUGCAAGCUGGACCGGACACUGAGUACCUGCGGGGUGCUGAGCACAUCCUGCUCCCAUUGAAGUUCCAGGCAGACAGCUCUCUCACAAGCUUGGAAGCAGGAUGCUUUCAGAUAUAUGUAGAAAGCCAUUUGAAGUAUUUGUGGUUGGUUGGUUGGUUGGUUUUUCUUCAGUUUGCUGUUUACCGUAUUUUUUUUUAUAGAUCAAUAAAGCAGCUCAAGUACUUACAGCAGUUUGCAAAGGUGGCAUCAUGAAAAGUUCCAGGCUGCGCCAACCGAGUUAAAUAUGAACUUGAGAUGGAAAGUUUGAGCCAUGACAUCACAUUAACUGCAAAAUAGCACUAAGGCAAGGAAGACAUGUGGAAACAAUCACUUUGUUAGAAGAAAUAUGCCUUUUUUUUUAAAAAAGAAAGUUAAGCUAGGACAUGUUCUUUUAGUUAGUAACUUCAGGUCACUUAUUUAAAGUUUAUUACAGUUUCAUUUAUAUCUUUUUUACUUAUUUCCCUGUAUUCUUAUGCAGCAAUAUCAGCAUAAACUGAUUUGAAUUUCUACUUCUGGCCUUAAACCAUAGCAACGUAACUUAAUUAAGAACAUUGCUCAGUGUCACUAAAACAGGUUUUAAAAUAUCAUAGAAACUCCAAUAAAACCGUGGUGUGCAGCCAGCAAAUGUUUUUAUUAUGAAGGCCAAAAAGUAAACAUAGUCUGGUUUUAACCUAAUUUGAUGGAACAAAAUUGUUCUGAUCCUUUUUUUCUUUUUUUUUUCUGAGCACUGAAACUGUGGCUUGAAGAACAUUAGUCUUUGCUAGCACUUUGUACAACCCUGUUACACCACUCAGCUCCCAAGUCUCAGAAAAAAAGUGAAAGAAUGUUAUGUUGUGCUUAUUGGACUAAUUACUUUGAAAAAAGCAACUGUUGAGUGCAUUCAUUCACUGUAUUAAUAGCAUCAAGGUUUGUUGACAAUUUUAUUAGAUGUUUGACAAAGGAUAAGAAUCAGCACAACAAAACAUUGGAGUAUUUGGUUUUAGUAUUUCUUUGUGGGUAUUCUGUUAAUAUUUUAAUGCAAAAUGUUUCUGAACAGUGCUUAAGAACUACAAGACAAUGUGAAAUUCAUGUUUGAUAAAUUAAUACUGUAUGUCACUCGAU